UCGUUUAAAAGCGACAACAAACUUUUCCUCCACGCGAUAUUUUUCUAGUCACAGCGCACUUCGCGUCGACGACUAAUCGUCGGUGCAGGUCUACAAAGCGUCUGCAGGCUUAGGGCACUUAAUAGUGCAUAUAACGCAUGGCUCGAGUAUUUAUCGUCGGUAAAUAUACUCGAAGCAAUAAGAUGCCUACAAACAUCUCGUACAGAUGCGAACACGAUGUAGUCUUUGGUCCACGUGCGAAUGGCUGUUCGAACCUUAAGCACGUGGUCCAAGUGUGACAUACAUAUUCGGAUAAAGGCACAUACUGCCUUUGCCUUCGGCGGUACUGGGUGUCAACGAACUCGGAUAUCCGUGAGCCAUGACGGACCUGGCGGAUGCUGUAAGGCUCCUUUACGACACCCUGCUGUUCAUCGGUGUGUCCAUCAUGUACGUAGCCGAGGCCGUUGUCCUCAGCUUAAUUCCAAGACGUUUCCGGGGGAAAAAUAUAACCGGUGAAGUCGCCUUAGUCACAGGCGGUGGAAGCGGUAUCGGAAAGCUUGUUGCCAUAAAAUUAGCAAAACUCGGUGCCCACGUGAUCGUUUGGGACAUCAAUGAGCACGGAAUCGAGGACACCGUCAAACAGAUAAAAGAAGCUGGCGGUAAGGGUUGCGGUUACCGCUGCGACCUGACUGACAGAGAAGAUAUUUACAGAACAGCGAAAGCCGUCAAAAUAGAAGUCGGACCUGUGACACUGCUGGUGAACAAUGCCGGCUACGUAUGCGGCAGGACUCUCUUGGAUCUUCCCGAUGAAGAAAUUGACAGAACUUAUCAAGUCAACAUUUUGUCACAUUACGCGACUACCAAAUCGUUCCUCAAGGAAAUGAUGAAGGAUAAUCACGGUCAUGUAGUGACCGUUGCCAGUGUCGCUGGUCUCCUGGGAACAUACAGAUGUACGGAUUAUUCAGCGACAAAAUUUGCGGCGAUCGGAUACCACGAGAGUCUAUUCACGGAGCUGAGGGCACACGGCUACGACGGAAUACACGCCACGUUGGUUUGCCCAUAUUUUAUUAACACGGGAAUGUUCAACGGUGUGAAACCCAGAUUAUUGCCAAUGUUGGAACCGGAAUAUGUCGCGGAGGAAAUUGUUGCAGGGAUCUUGACUAACCAAGUGAAUGUCGUGCUUCCAGGAAGUGUCAGAUAUCUACUCCCAUUAAAAUGCUUUCUACCGGCGAAGAUGUGUUGGGCAUUGAUGUAUCAGAUUAUGCAAGGUCCACAGUCAAUGAUGACGUUCAAAGGACGAGAAGUUUUACAAGAUCAAAAUGCAAAUAUUCCGAUGACAAGGAGUGAAAAAAAUUGAUCAACUUAUGGUGAUUUUGUCGUGCCGCAUAAGCGGCGAUAAUCUUGUAGCAAUGGACGAAUGUGAAAUGAUUCUUAGUCCACGAAUCGGCUGUAAGUAAUUAAUCCCGUUCUGGGUCGAAAAGAUAAUUGACACAUUGUUACUGAAGAGUCGAUCUCUUUGGUAUUUUCACUCCUACCGGUAUCGUAUACAUAUUAGUUUAAUUUAAGUAACCGUUUUUGCUACCAUAGUCAUGGUGUAAGUACAUGAAAUCAAAAGGCAAAUUACAUGUUUACUUACAUUUGAAUAAUGACAAUGUGCACAAAACGAUAGUAUUAUUGGUACGUAUAACGGCUGUACAUGCCAAAGGAAUAUAUCAAUGCUCAAAAUCGAACUAGAGAAUCACAAAAGUUAAGUUGCGGUUUCUAUUUAUGAAAGACGACAUAACUUUAAACAUCACAGUCGGAGGAAGACUGAAAUAAUCAUUGGAUCACGAGUAAUGCGUAUAGUAACUAUGGUGCAUUUAGUAACAAUUAUGAUCUUCCAGUUAAAUUCUAUUUAGAAGUCACCCAAUUCCUUAGUAUACUUGUGACGAAGUAUUUUCAUUUCAACCCGUUAGACACAACUACUAAAUAAAUGAAGGUUUCUUCACAAAAUCAACUUUUGAAAUGGUUUUUCGAAAUAUUGUAUGUUCUGAUUGCAUUGUGUUAUUGCAGCUUGAGUAAUCUGAUUUUUAGUUUUAUUUUGUAAUUAUUUCAUGAACAUCGCUAAAAAUUCUGAAAAAAUUACAG